GAAGGGAAGUGCUGAAGAUAAUGAUGGGUACCUUGGUAGGUUUCUGUUCCUGGGUUUGAAGGAACACGGAAAAGAUGCAAGAAAUAGCCUGCUAGCAAUUCGAAGCACAGAUACGUCAUGCAGGAUCAAUUUCCGCUCGUCUUCAUGUAGGAAGUUUUUCUUGCUGAUGGCCACUCCUUACGAUCGAUUCAUGCACGCUCAUGAUAUAUAGGCCUACCACCAAUUUUUUACUGAAUGAGAAACAAUUGAAAGACAGAGAUCAGUUUUAAGCUGAUAUAGAAUCAUGGACUUUCCAACCAAAUUUGUUAGUGAACCUUCAAGAUCAUUAAAAUGUCCUUGCUGUGAUGGUGUUUUUAGGAGCCCAGUGAUCUCGACUAGCUGUGGACACACGUUUUGCAAAGACUGUUCAGUUCAUGGUCAUGGAAUUGGUUGUUGCCCGUUAGAUGAAACUCCGUUUGAUGGCUCAUCAUUUGUUGCCAAUAGAGCCCUACAGGGUCAAUUAGAUGAGCUUAAAAUUUACUGUCGUCAUGGGCUAAUGCGAUAUGAUUCUGAUGAAGACUUCGUUAUCGACGAAAAUGGUUGCCCGGAAAAGAUCACUUUUAGCCAGCGAGAAGAGCACGAAAAUUUAUGUGAAUUUGCUUUGAUUCCAUGCCCCAAUAGCUCAAAUUUUUGUGGAAAAUUUAGAAGAAAAGAUUUAGAAGAGCAUUUAAAACACUGUGAUCGGAUUCCCUGUGAUUAUUCGAGGAAAGGGUGUUCUUUCUUUGGAACCUAUGAUGAAGUCGUAGAACAUCAAAGUGUUUGUCCCAGGAGGGAUGGUGAUCUAGACUCAGCAAUUCAAGUAGAGGUUGGAAAUAACGGGUUGAGUUCAAAGGUAGUCACCAAGAAAAUACAGUAUUUAAGUGAAAAAGUUGCAUCUCUUGAAAAUGAUAAGGAAGUUAUGACAAACCAAAUGAAGCAAGCAGAAAGACAGAUAAAGAGCUUAAAAUCACAAGUGGAUUAUCUGACAAACAUUGUUGAACAAAUCAGAAUGGCACAAGCUGCAGCUGUAAGAGAUAGAAUUGGUUCUCAAUCAACUUCAGAUAUGCUAGAACUAUAUGAAGCUCACAAGAAAAGAUCAAUUUCAUCCUCAUCAAGUUCACAAGCAACUUCACCUACACAGGCUGCACGAUCUUUGUCAUGGAGCCGAGCCAAUAAAAAAGAGAACUGGAAAAUGCCAUUUACCUUUGCAUGCAUUGGAACAUUCAGAGGUCAUACUGGGACAAUAUGGGCAUUAGCAUCUAGAGGCAACCUGCUCUUCAGUGCUGGUGCAGACUUGAUGAUUAAAGUAUGGGAUAUUCAUGACAUUAAGAACUCAAAAGGAUGCAUACAGACAAUGAUUGGACACAGAGGGGAUAUACAUGUACUUUGUGUUGGAGAUCGUCUAUUGUACAGUGGAGGCUCAGACAAAUGUAUACGCACUUGGGACUUAUCUAAUUAUCAAGCACAUUUUGUGAAAGAGGAUGCCCAUGAUAACAUUGUGUGUGCAAUUGUCUACACUGGGAAGUAUAUAUUCAGCUCAUCUUUUGCUUCAAUCAAGGUCUGGAAAUCUGUCAACUUAGAACUUGUUCACUCUAUCAGUGAUCUCAAGCAUUGGGUGAGAGCUCUUGUGUGUGACAGGAACCGUGAAAGAGUUUUCAGUGGCUCGCACAAUACUGUGUAUAUUUGGGAUGCAAAUAACUUUACAUUGAAGGGGAAAGUUGAUCACAGCCAUGGAUCUGUGUACUCUCUUGGUGUAACACAGCAAUACUUGAUUAUAGGAACAUAUAAUCGGAAUACGCAUUUGUAUGAUGCCAACACAUACCAAGAAGCCAAAGGUUUUAAUGGUCAUGUUGGAACUGUAACUGGAAUGGCACCAUCACCAUCAGGAAACUUUUUGUUUACCUCAUCAUCUGACCAUACAGUGCAGGUUUGGGACCUUGCCAAAUUGCUGCCAAUCCAGGUUCUGUCUCGUCAUGAAGCCAGUGUCAAUUGUGUCACUCUUCGUGGUGAUAUGCUGUUUAGUGGAUCAGAAGACAGAGAAAUCAAAGUUUAUGUGUAUUGCAAAGUUUGUGAGAACACAUUUCUGGGUGGAUCGUCAUCAAGAUAAAAGCAAAUUUCAACAAUGGUACUGAUUGGUACGGAAAAAGUAUCUUAUGUAUUUGUGUUACCAAGAGAUGUUGCUGAAAGAUCUGUGCAUUUGGCCCCUACUGUCUCAUUUUUAAGGCAGACCAACCAUGUUGGAGCACAUCUGAAUAUAGUAACUAUUCAACAGCGGUUACUGGACAGAUAAUAACUGACAAUAUUUCCUGGUAGAUAGUCUUCUGUAUUUCUUGAAACAGUUCAGAAUGCAGUUCAGAGAGGCAACUAUUUUGAAUGCCUUUGUCAAUAAAGUGACAAUAAAGGCGCAAAAUGAAAGCAGUAUUUCAUUUUUACGGAUCUUCGAGAACAGGACAGUUGUUCUGUCUUUAAAAGUACCAGAGCAGAUGAAAUAUUGUAUUUCAUUUAAUUGAUACCAAGGUAUCAUCUGAAGUAACAGAUGCUGUGCUUUGCUGAGUAAAGUCUUAAAAAACAAAGCAGGUUCUUUGAUUAGUGUUUUAAAUUGAAUUUUUUUACCUUGUUAUAUGGUUAUUAUCCAAUUACACUUUUCCAAAGUCUCUCUUUUUUUGUCUCUUUCCGAAAGUACAAAAUCUUAAUUUCAAAAUGUCUAUACUUUGAAAGGAGAAUCUGACCAUCAAAGGUACAGUUAUUGCGAGGAAAAGGGAGAGAGAGAUGAAAUAAUUUUUCUUUCUCCUUUUCUCUGCCACAGCCACAUUUUUCCCACAGGGAAUUAAAAGUAUCUAGUCAAGUAUAAAGCAAUGUAUGAAUGCAUAUGCAACGCCGGUGCCCCUUUCUCUGAUAAAAAGCAAUCCCUCUGAAUAAAACGAAAUAAUAACUGAUGCAAUAAGACCUUCCUCAAGCAUCUUGGCCGAAAUACAAUGCAAGCCUAACUCAACUUGCUCUUAGCUUUCCAAUAGAGAAUAAAAGUUCUGCCUUCAGUUUUGAAUAGCACACACCACUAACAACUGUUGAGAUGGCCCUAAG